AGCUCAGCCUGCCCGGGGAGCGCUCGGCGAGCGGGGAGCGCCAUGGGCAACCUGUGCGGCUGCGGCCGGCGCUGGAAGUGCCCUUCACCUUUCAAAAGGAAGAAAGCAAAGCAAGGAGCUAAUGUGAGGCAGGAGGCGCAGCAGCAGCAGCCUGGCAGCAAGGCUGUCCCAUCAGCAGUGCCCACGUAUGAGGAUGUCCCAGACGUGCCCGUGUAUGCCACGGUGAGCAGGAGGGGAGUCCAGCAGGAGGAGAGCAUCCACUACGCCGACAUCCAGGUGUUGUGCAGGUCCCAGCAGCGCUCAGCCGCCCAGGUGAGGAGCCUGCAGCAGCACCAGCCCACCGAGUACGCCACCCUCAACUUCCCCAGGGCCAGGCUCAAGUACGACAGCAAAAACGGGACCUUGGUCUGAGAGAAACCAGGGCCUCGUCCUGCUCCUCCAGCAGGGAAAGGAGCUCAAACCAUGGACUCAUCCUUCAGCAGGGAAAGGAGCUCAAACCAUGGACUCAUCCUUCAGCAGGGAAAGGAGCUCAAAACAUGGACUCCUCCUCCAGCAGGGAAAGGAGCUCAAAACAUGGACUCAUUGUCCAGCAGGGAAAGGAGCUCAAACCAUGGACUCAUCCUCCAGCAGGGAAAGGAGCUCAAACCAUGGACUCAUCCUCCAGCAGGGAAAGGAGCUCACCUCAUGGACUCAUUGUCCAGCAGGGAAAGGAGCUCACCCCAUGGCCUUGUCCUCCAGUAGGAAAAGGAGCUCAAACCAUGGACUCAUUGUCCAGCAGGAAAAGGAGCUCACCUCA